AUGGACGCUCAAGCAUAUCUCAUUCGCCACGGCUGGUCCGGCCCCGGCAAUCCUCUCAAUCCAAACCAGCGUCCAGGACCCCACGGCGGUCUCGGCUUGACAAAACCCAUCCUCGUCGCACGCAAGGCGAACAACCACGGCGUGGGCAAGAAAACCACCAAAGACCCAACGAACCAAUGGUGGCUACGCGGUUUCGAAGACGCGCUGAAGGGCGUGGGCGACGAUAGUUACGCUGCUACUUCGGCGAAGACGAACAAUGCGCUGACCAGCGAACUGUACCGGAACUUCGUGCGCGGCGAGUGUCUGGCCGGUACGAUCGACGAGAAGACCAAGGCUGCGUCGGAACAGUCUAUGUUAAAAGUUAAGAGAAAGCGCGAUGCCGAUGAAGACGCUGGCCGUCGCGCUAAGAAGGAGGAGAAGGCUGCGAGGAAAGAGGAGAAGAGCAAGCGUCGGAAGUUGAAGGAGAGUGAAGAUACCUCCUCAGCGGCUGUUUCGAGCGAUGAGGGCUCAGAGAAGCGCAAGGAAAGCAAGGAAGAGCGUCGGUUGAGACGAAAGGAGAAGAAGGAGAAGAAGGAGAAGAGUCACAAGUCUGAUGAUAGCACUGGGGAUGAUGGUGACAAGGCUAUGAAGAUGGCGAAGAAGCCGAAGAGAUCAACUGCUGAAGAUUACUAUCCUACUCCUAUGUCGACGGAAUCGGAUCAAACACAGGGAGACAUUAUGGAACUCGACGAUGUGACAACGCCGAAGGAAAAGAAGGAGAAGAAAAAGUCCAAGAAAGAUAGAGAGGCGGGAGACUCUGACCCCAAAAAGAAGUCUAAGAAGGACAAGAAGGAAAAGAAAGCCUCUGCUUGA